CCAACCCUCCGGCCUACAUCUUCCUGCAUUCAUCACAACACCAUCCAUCCAUCUUAAUUCGCUUCUACAUUGGGGCGCUUGUUAAUUUACAUGCGAGCUUGUUGAGGUUGAAGCGAUCGAGAUCAUCGUUGAGAGCUGUAGUACGUGGUGAGCAUGGGAGAGCAGCAGCAGCAGGUGGAGCGGCAGCCUGACCUGCCUCCGGGCUUUAGGUUUCACCCAACGGACGAGGAGAUCAUCACCUUUUACCUUGCACCCAAGGUUGUGGACAGCAGGGGCUUUUGCGUGGCUGCCAUUGGAGAGGUGGAUCUCAACAAGUGCGAGCCAUGGGACUUGCCAGGGAAGGCGAAGAUGAACGGGGAGAAGGAGUGGUAUUUCUACUGCCAGAAGGAUCGGAAGUAUCCGACGGGGAUGAGGACGAACAGGGCGACGGAGGCGGGAUACUGGAAGGCGACGGGGAAGGACAAGGAGAUCUUCCGCAACCACCACAUGCUCAUCGGCAUGAAGAAGACGCUCGUCUUCUACAAGGGCAGGGCUCCCAAGGGCGACAAGACCAACUGGGUCAUGCACGAGUACAGGCUCGCCGACGCCUCUCCGCCACAGCCGCCGCCGCCGCCAUCCUCCGCAGAGCCCCCGAGGCAGGACGACUGGGCCGUGUGCAGGAUCUUCCACAAGAGCUCCGGCAUCAAGAAGCCGGUGCAGGUGCCCAUGCAGAUGCCGAUGCAGAUGCAGAUGCCGGUUGCUCAUCAGGUGCCCGCCGCCAACUACCAGCAGCAGAUGGCCAUGGCCUCCGCCAGCAUCAUCCAAGUCCCCAUGCAGAUGCAGAUGCCCUCCAUGUCUGACCAGCUGCAGAUGUUGGACGACUUCUCCACCGGUUCACUCAUGGCGCCGCCUCCGCCUCCGCCUUCCUACUCCACUCUACCUGGCUUCCCGCUUCAGAUCAACGGCGGCGCCCAGCAGUUUGUUGGGAACCCGUCGAUGUACUACCAGCAGCAGCAGCAGCAGCAGCAGCAGCAGAUGGACAUGGCCGCCGGAGGCUUCGUGGUGAGCGAGCCGUCGUCGCUGGUGGUGUCGCCGCAGGAUGCUGCCGACCAGAACAACGCCGCCGACAUCUCGUCGGUGGCAUGCAACAUGGACGCUACCAUCUGGAAGUACUGAUACAUACAUACAUACAUACAUACAUACAUAGAUACAUACAUGCAUGCGCCGAUGCGCGAGUGUGAUGACAGAGGGUGGUGGGUUAAUUAGCUAUACUCCAUUUUUAUGCAUAUGCAUCAUGGCUUUUGCAUUGCCUUUGGCUUCUUGUGUGAUCGAUGUGAGUGAGAUUUGCUGAGAGAUUAUUAGUUAUUAUAGAUUGGCUAGCUAUAUUAUCAUAUACUGUAUGUACUAAUAAUAUGUGUGUACCAGCAAUAUGUAUGUGUGUGAGCGUGCAGCCGUGCACCGUAUAGCAAGGUAUAGUUACAGGUAUAUACAUACAAGAUAUAUAUAGGUAUACAUGCAUGCGUGAUAGAUAAAUGUGUGUACUGCAUGUAUUUGUGCGUGAGCCCAGCUUGAUUGUGUUGUACAUAGCUAGCAGUGCAUGCCUUCUAUCCCUCCGUACGGAUUGAAUUAUGUGAAUUAAUUAUUUUGUUUAAUUAUAACAUGCAUGGUGUAUGGUGUACUUA